AUGGGGGACUAUGGAAGAGCCAGUGUGACUGGUGCGAAUGUCGACGGAUCCCGCCUCGCCUCCAACGGGCGGCAAUCCAACGUCUUCUCCCUCUACAAAGAUCACUCCUCCGCGCCUCGCAGCAACACCGACUUCAUCCUGGCCGAGACCAUCCGUGCCAUCCACCCCGAUUACGAUGUCAUCACCAUUGACCGAGACGACUGCGACCUAAUUGGCUAUGCGGCGGCCGGACACGCUACCCUCCGCAUGAUCCGUGACGACGACCAGUUCCAUCUUCAUCGCGAGUACACCGAGCCCACCAGCCGCCUUGCGGAAGGGCUCGGCAAACUCUGUGACAAGCCCAAAUUCGCCCUGUACAACAUCACAUGGCAAGGGCAGGAAUGGCAAGCGUAUGCCGUUGAGUGGGUGGAAAACUAUCGUGGCACCCAACGAUAUUGGUACUUCCUCUCGCCCAAAACCUCUGCCACCCCCGUCGACAGUCUAUUGCUUGCAGCCUGCAAGUGGAGUUCGGAGCUGCACGACGAAAUCUACGUCUUCGAUGACGGCGAUUGGGAGAAGGACGACAAGCUGUGGCAGGCGGUGCAAAAGUCGGCUUGGGAAGAUGUCAUCCUCGACCCCGAAAUGAAGCAGCUCCUCAUCUCCGACGUGCAAAACUUUUUCGAUUCCCGCGAGGUGUAUGAGGAAUACGCUGUGCCGUGGAAGCGGGGGAUCAUCCUGCACGGCACGCCAGGGUGCGGCAAGACGAUCAGCAUCAAAGCGCUGAUGAACACGCUCGACAAACGCCAGCAACCCGUCGCCAGUCUGUACGUCAAGUCGCUCAAGAGUGGUUGCGGCACGCAGCAAUGGAACAUCCACCAGAUCUUCAGUCAAGCGCGCGUGAUGGCGCCGUGUUUGCUGGUGUUCGAGGAUCUCGAUUCCUUGGUUGUAGACGAAGUGCGGUCUUACUUUCUCAACGAGGUCGAUGGCCUGGAGGACAACAACGGCAUUCUCAUGAUUGGCAGCACAAACCAUCUGGACAGAUUGGAUCCAGGCAUCAGCAAGAGGCCGAGUCGCUUCGACCGAAAGUACCACUACCGCGUUCCAGGACGCCGUGAAAGGAUGUUGUACUGCGAGUACUGGAAGAAGAAGCUCGAGCGCAACAACACUGUCGAUUUCGAUCCUGCCAUUUGCGACGUCGUGGCUCAAAUUACGGACGGGUUCAGCUUCGCAUAUCUGAAGGAGUUGUUUGUGCAGACUCUUCUCGCCAUCGUCAACGGUCGUGGGCGGCCAGUGGAAGAAGCGCCAGAAAUCACCGACACCACCAAGAAGGUUGGCGAGGAAAAGACCGAAGGCGUUCAGGGUGCGGAAGGGACUGCGCAGUCGGAUUUGGUGCCGCCCAAGGUGGAAAUCCCGGAGCAUCUGAAGUCGAAUCCUCUCAUGCAGAUUUUGGAGAAGCAGUUCCAGAGCUUGUGGAAAGACAUGGACAACAGUAAAGAUGAAGAAGCCGGGGUGAAGAAAGAGGCGUCCACGGAGGCGAAGGAAAAGGUGGACGAAGGCGAUGAGUCGAAGACUGGUGGAGAUUCAUGA